AUGCGGCCUGUGCACAAUGGGCCUCCGAAAAUACAAUCCACGGUAAAUCAGCCUCCCCAAAUGCGGCCUGUGCUCAAUGGGCCUCCGCAAAUGCAAUCCACGGGCAAUCAACCUUCCCAAAUGCGGCCUGUGCACAAUGGGCCUCCGCAAAUACAAUUCACGGGCAAUGUGCCUUCACAAACGCGGCCUACGGGCAAUAGGCCUUCCCAAAUGCAACAUACGGGCAAUCAGGCUUUCCAAACGCGGCCUGUGCUCAAUAGGCCUCCGCAAACUCAAUCCACAAUCAAUAAGCCUGCACAAAUGCGGCCUAAAUUGAAUGUGUUUUCGCAAACGCAACCCACGGGCAAUGGGCCUCAACAAAUGCGGCCUAAAUGCAAUGUGCCUUCACAAACGGAGCCUAUAUGCAAUGGGCUUUCCCAAACGCAAUCUAUGGGCAAUCAGCCUUCCCAAACGCGGCCUACGUUCAAUGGGUCUUCCCAAAUGCCACCUGUGGGUAACGAGCCUUCACAAAUGCAACUCAAGGGCGAUGGCCCUCCACAAACGCGGCCUAUGUUCAAUGGGCCGUCGCAAAUGCCGGGAUUCACUCAUUCUUCAACGGUUAAUAAUUCGAAUCUUCAUGGUUCGUCAAUUCAAUGCAUGUCAGAUAAAAUUAAAUAUGAUAAAAUGGCACUGUUAGAUAUCAGAAAAGAAAUGACUACACCUACUGCCGCCGGCAAAGCUGAUAAACGCCAAACAUCAAAUUCUCUCACAGAUAGUCAACAACAUAAAAAAAAUUACAAGCGUACACAAUCUUCUUUAAACACUGACUCUUCUACUAGUACACCUAAUCCUAUAGUAAAAACUUCUACAAAGCAAUCUAUAAAGCAAUCUUCUCCGAUAUCGGACAAAGUUAAAAAUAAUGAAACAGCAACUUCCAGUUGCGGAACAACAGUUGCUGAAACCGCAACAACCGUAAGUGCUGUACGACAAACGAUGAUAAGUACUACGCCAAGUAGUCAACAAGAUAAACCAAAUAUAUCUACUGUUCCUAAAUCUUCUUCGAACGACCUUGCUUCUCCGCCAGUUAAAACCGAUAUUUCGACAAAUCUUUCCAUUCAGCAAUCUAAUCUAAUUAACAACACUUCUUGUUCUACUUCUGUUGCUAGCUCGAAUCGUCCUUUAGACGGUAACACAACUACUUCUAAUAGUACAACAAGAAGUGGUAGUGCGAGCAGUAAAUCAAAUUAUUCAGUUAAUUCUUUAAUAUCCAAACCUACAACGAUCAAUUCUGGAGUUUUAACUUCUGCUGCUACUGGCUCGUCGCAACUAGCAUCUGAAAGACAAAGUGCCCCAGUAGCACGUAUUACGAUAGGCAGUGAAGCCACUAACGAUAGAACGACUUAUGCUCACACAUCAGCGGAACUAACUUCUAAUAGAACAUUUAUAAGGGAGGCCUAUUCUCAAUAUUCCCCAGCAGCUUGCUUCACGAUACCCAAUGAAGUCAAUAAUCAUAGAGCGCAUUAUGCGAAUGCUUACACAUCAGCGGAAUUAAAUUCUAAUAGAGCAUCUAUAAAUCAGGCUUAUUCUCCUCAACGUCCCCACACAGUUACUCGAUCAGAAAACAAUUUAAGAAGUUCUAAUCAGGGUAGAACGACAACUAAAAAGGACUCAGGAUGUCAGAUUUCUUAA